AUCUACUCUAAAGAUCGUGUCUACAAGUUUCCAGAGGCAUUCGUGGAUCUCCGUAGACCGUUCCUUCCGCUACCAAACUAAAUGUUUUUUCAUGAUAGUAAUAGUGUCGCGCUCUAUCGGUAUUUUGGUUAUUUAGCCAGUUUUGCGUGUGAUAGUAUGAGAUCGCACAAGGCACAACGGCGAUGUCGACAAGUUACACACUUCAACAGUUCAACAGUUCAACACUAGCACAAAACAGUAGUUAAGAGUCUUCAAUCUACGACCUACAGCCUACAUCACUAUACAGUUUAGUGUCUAGUGAUUACUGAGAUCACUAUAGUUUAGCCGGACAGUUAGUUAGUACUUAGUUGUAGCAUAGAACAUUAAUAUUCUAUGUCAGAAGUCAGUACUAUAGCACUACGAUUACACGAGUUAUCAAACUGUCAACUGUGAAAAACAUUUUCAAGAAUACUAGGCGCAUAUUAUAGCGUAAUACUGGUAUCAAGUGACUCAAGUCUGAAAUGUGGCGCUGGACUCAGUGGAUAGUGGUAAUAUAACAAAUUGAAAUAAACAAUAUCGUGCCCGGUUAUGGUGAUCUUUUGGUGACAAGUUUACGAGAUUUUCAAUAUUUUGUUUUCUCGAGGAUAUUGUUCGCAUCCAAAACUAUCAGUACGAUUCUGCGAAUUUGCCUCUGUGUUGAAGCAAUACCACCUGAAAAUUAUGUCCUCCUCGAAUCAUCAUUCGUUGGUUGCAAAGUGAUAUACCGGCCUACCCCCACUGGUUCAACAAGGCUCCUUCAAGAUGAACAAACCGCAAUUGAAACCCGAACAGCACAAGAAAUAUUUUCGCCGCUCAUUGGACCUGUUACCCGGUGAGGUAGCUGUGUUUGAUUAUUCACGUCUAACCAUACUGUAUUUUGCUCUCAUCGGUUUGGAUAUAUUGGACGGCUUAGAUUCACUCACUGAUAACCGUAAGAAGGACAUUGUUGAGUGGGUGUACAGGUUGCAGUUGGUACCCAAUGAAUAUUGUUCUGUGCACAAAUGUGGUUUCAUGGGUUCCACCACCGUCAUUCAUUUGAAGAAUCAACCCGGCUGUGAAAAGUAUUGCGAAAGCAAUGUUGCUAUGACGUACAUGGCGUUGUGUAUUCUGAUAACAUUGGGUGACAAUCUGAGCCGUGUCAAUAAAUCAGCCGUUCUUCGAGGUGUAGCGUCUCUGCAAAAAUCCGAUGGCAGUUUCAAAAGCAACUAUGAACAUGGUGAGAGUGAUUUGAGAUUUGUGUACUGUUCACUUGCAAUAUGUAACAUAUUGAACGAUUCAUCGAGUAUCAAUGUAAAUAAUACCAUUAAAUUCAUUUCAAAUUGUCUGAACUAUGAUGGAGCGUUUGGACAAAACCCAGGAACUGAAUCACAUGGUGGUUCUACUUAUUGUGCAAUUGCGUCAUUAUCUCUAUUAAAUAAAUUAAAUCUUGUGUUAGAUGAAAACAAAUCUAGAAUAUUAGAGCGCUGGGCAGUAAAUCGACAAACCAAUGGCGGUUUUCAAGGAAGACCUAAUAAAGAUCCAGACACUUGCUAUUCCUUCUGGUUGGGUGCUACACUCAGUAUUAUGGGAUCACUUAGUAGAAUAAACAAGGAGAGGAAUAGAGAUUUUGUUCUAAAUAAUGCAAAUUUAUUGACUGGUGGGUUUAGUAAAAACAUGGACUCUAUACCAGAUCCAAUGCACACCUGCUUAAGCUUGUGUGGAUUAAGUUUGAUUGGAGAAGAAAACCUAAACCCUAUUAAUCCUGCAUUAAAUAUUACCGUGAGGGCGGCAAAUUAUUUAAAACAAAUUCAAGGAGAUUAUACAUUACCAAACAAAAAUAUAUUCAAAGCAGAUACUGAAUGUUAAAUGAACUGUGCCUACAUUACAUUUUAAUUUUUAAGAUAUAAUACAACUAGGAAUUAUUAGUCUACAUUAACUAUGACUGAUUUAUAUUUUUUUUUUAUACCUAUGAACAAUUAAAAAUAUACCAAACAAAUGUCUAUUAAAAUAAACUAAAAUAUUAUAUAUAUUUUUGAUUUGUUUUAUACCAUAUAUUAUAACAUUGUUAAUAUAAAAUAUUAUUAAAUUGAAAA